CUGCCAUGAUCGGGAGCUUCCUGAGGCCUCCCCGGAAGCAGAUGCUGAUACACUUCCUGUCCAGCCUGUAGAAGCGUGAGCCAAUGAAACCUCUUUUUUUAUAAAUUACUCAGUCUGAGAUAUUCCUUUACAGCAAUACGAGAACGGCCCACUUUCUACCUCCAGGGCUACAGAGGAAAGAAACUGAGGGAUAAAGAAGGAUGAUGGUGAGAAGAAAAACAUUUUAAAACCACAGCUACUGUUUAGCACACCUGCUCCUCCCCUGCCGUGGGUGACCCAUGUUGGCCUCUUGAUGUGGCAGAGUGGGGAAAAUGCAGGUUGAAAAGGAAGCCCCUUAUGAGAGUCGCUGUAACCAGAAUAGCGAAAGUCCAGGGCUUUUUGUGUGUGUCUAUUUUUUAGUGCUUUUAGCCACACCAGUGGUUUUCAAACUUUGGGCAUGUCAGAAUCACUUUUGGAAGUUGCUAAACAUGCCCAGGCCUCUGCCUUCCUUCGCCUCCAGGAGAUCCUGACAAGACUUGUCUUGUUUUAAAUGUUCUCCCAUUCCCUGUAUUAUCUCUGUAUCCUCAGGGGUCAUUUUUGUUUAUCUUGAUCUCUCUUUUCCAAGUUGCAGGCUUUCUUUUAAUAUUAUUAUUAUUUUUUUAGCUGGAGUCUUGCUCUGACAGCCCAAGUUGGAGAACCACUGAUGGAGGCCACAGUGCAUAUUCCAGAAAAGAAGUUCACAAGGCAGCCCUUGGCUGGUCCCUGUGAGCCCGCGGACACCACCAGAAAUGUUCUCUUUCAGUUGCGGGACCCUGACCCUGAGCCUGACCCUGGCCCUCUUUGCCCUGGUCUGCUGUCCAGGGUCCGGUGAGAAGGCAUUCAAGGUACAUGUGAGACCAAAGAAGCUGAUGGUUAAGCCCAAGGGGUCCCUCGAGGUCAACUGCAGCACCACCUGUAACCAGCCUGAAAUGGGUGGUCUGGAGACCCCUCUAAAUAAGACUGUGUUGGCUGAGCAGACUCAGUGGAAACAUUACUUGAUCUCAGACAUCUCCCAGGACACGGUCUUCCACUGCUACUUCAUCUGCUCCGGGGAGCAGGUGUCAUCGAGUUUCAACGUCAGCGUGUACCAGCCUCCAACGCAGGUCAUCCUGACGCUGCAGCCCACGUGGGUGACCGUGGGCAAGUCCUUCACCAUUGAGUGCAGGGUGCCCGCCGUGGAGCCCCUGGACAGCCUCACCCUCUUCCUGUUCCGUGGCAAUGAGACUCUGCACAGUCAGACCUUCGGGAAGGGAGCCCCUGCCCUGCAGGAGGCCACAGCCACAUUCAACAGCACGGCUCACAGAGAGGACCGUCACCGCAACUUCUCCUGCCUGGCCGUGCUGGACUUGCUGUCUCGCGGUGGCGACAUCUUUCACAAACACUCAGAACCGCAGAUGCUGAUUAUCUAUGAGCCCGUCCCGGACAGCCAGAUGAUCAUCAUCAUCUCGGUGGUGUCAGCGCUGCUGUUCCUGUUUGUGACAUCCGUCCUACUCUGCUUCAUCUUCAGCCAGCACUGGCGCCAGCGGCGGACGGGCACCUACAGGGUGCGAGCAGCUUGGAGGAGGCUGCCCCAGGCCUUCUGGGCAUAGCAGGCAUGAGUGGCGUGGCUACCGCCAUGGUGGCCACUGGAACUCAGUGUGGCUCCUCAGAGUUGAGGUCCAGCUCUGGGCGAAGGACUGUGACAGGCAGCAGAGGACUCUAGGGACAUCGCCUUUUCUAGCCUGAAUACACACUCCUGGACUGAG